GAAUCGAACGGAAAGCAAGAAAAAAAAAGAGUUCAGCCACAGCCCUUCUUCUUUUGGAAAGGAAAAGAAAAGGCUUCACGCUAUGGGACCGCGGAGGGUAUCGUAUUGCGCGUCUUGCCAGCUGCCGAACACUCUACCUAAAUAGUUUAUUACCUUCUCGAGCGUGUGUGUGUGUGUGUGUGCGUGAAGCGCUGCUAGCGUAUGCAUCGUGUAAUGGACGACGACGAUUCUCGCGAUGCCUACUAUGCGUACGGUGUCGACUUCAUUCGCACCGCCGGCCUCCUGCUACGCACGACGCCCUCCGUCGUUUUCCGCGCGUCUAUUCUCUUUCAGAGAUUCGAGACCUCCGUGGACGCCCACUUCCGUUCGCAGUAUAUACGCCCAAUGGAUAUGCCGGCGUAUCGGCAGACGUUAGAAGCAGAUUUAGUCCGUGCACAGCGACUUGCGUUGCAGCCUGCCUCUCCCCAGAGCAGCCCGCACAUGACAGACGCCACACGCGACAACGGUGAGGAGGACAGCGACCCAACAGCCCUGCCAACCGGCGCGGAGUACCGCAUUCCAAAUCACGCACAGCAAGAGAUGCGCACCGGUCUCGUGCCGCUGGUCGACCUGCGUGCCCCUCUCGAUUACUGUCUGCAGCACCUCAUUGACCAGGAGGACAUCGUCUACCUCUGCGCGGCGUGCCUGCUGAUCGCCACGAAGAUGGAGGACCCCGCCAUCCGUAUUCGGACGGUGGUGAACACCUGCAUGCGCGUCAGCGAGCGACGCGCCGGCGUCGUGGUCAACGAGCUGCAGAAGCCGCCCACGGCACGUUACGAAGAUUUCAAGGCGUGUGUCGUCGACGCGGAGGAGGUCGUGUUGCAUCAGCUUGGCUUUCAGACCUUCGUGGAUAGCCCGUACAAGUAUGUGCUGCUUUACCUGAACGUCCUCGUGGAGCCGACGGAGGCGAGUGUUGCCGACGCUGCCGCAGCGAAGUACCUUACCGUCCCGAAGACGUCUUCCUCUCGCGCCAUGCAGACGCCGUCUCGACCUUCAUCCGCUGCCCUCACGCAAUGGAUGGUGCGGGCGGUGCAGCUCGUCAACGACCUCCCACGGUGUCGUCGUCUUGUAGACGUUGCGAGCGACGUACUCGCCCUGUACGCCAUUCAGCAGACGUGCCCUUCGGACCUGACUCCGCCGCCAAACUGGACAAACGUGUUUGGCGUCACCGAGGCCACCGUGGCCGUUGUCGCACGUGUGUACGCAGCGUAUCUGAAGGACGGCCUCGGAAGCCGUCGUGCCAGCGACGCGCUGAGUGAAAUACGGACAGGAAGCACGGCGGCCCCCUACCGCACCGUCAAGGAAGGCCUGGAGUAUGACGGUACCUUAAAAGGAUUGAAGGAGAUCCGGCGUGCUGUUGUUGGGAGGGGAAGUGGUCGCACGUCACACAACACUUCACCUGCACCGCCUUCAACAGGUGACCACAGCUCGAUAACCCGCUCAGCUGAUGUGGCGACUUCUCUUCCGCCAACCAAAGCGAGCAUUGAAGAGUUGCGCGAGUUGAUUGGCUCUCCUUUUGGAUCUCCUCUCCCGCCGCUUCCACAGGUACCACCGCAGGCCGCUGGAGGCCGCCGGGAUCGUACCGAGGCGCACAACUUUGCCAACGUGCCCAAACGAAGCCGAAAGGAUCCGCACCACGACGGGACUGAAUGA